AUGCAUUCGAUAACAGUUUGGAAAUUAUCGAGACGACCAAACUACAUCACUAACAUUAACCACAUAUACCCAUACUCAGAGGUGCCCUACAUCGGUGAAUACAACCUAGUCAGACUACCGCUAUCUUCAACCAAUCUGAUCGACCAUGUGGAUUAUUGGGGCGAAGGCAAAAUCGAGUCCGAAGCGGGUGUCAGCGGCUUCGCCAACUGCUAUAACGUGAACCAUCAGUAUCAGCUCGUCAGCAACGGACCGGACAAAGACAGGAAAAUUCCCAAUCGCAUUCCUGUCAUCAGCUACACCAACUGUAACACUGCUAGCUAUAUUAAAGAUAACAGCGUAAAACUUGUCACUUUAAUGGGUGCUCCCAUAAACAAAAGUUGCGCUAAGGACAUUGCAAGAAUGGUAAAUUUUGAAACUGGCAGCGUCGUAGUAUUUGGAUUUGAAGACACGCAAGCAGACAUCAAAAAUCUUAAUGAAGAACUACCAAUGAAAGGGCUUCUUCAUUGUCAUGGUUACCAACUCCCAGAAAAGCUACAAGGCUUGACGCUGUUCGGAGACAACAGCCACAGAGCAUACACUAAUAUAACUGAAAUGGGCGAAGAGUUACGUAAAAGAGUUGUAGCAGGUAAUUACGAUAGCGCAGUGGAUCUCUGUUUAACUUUGGAUGGAAGUGGUAAUGGAUCUGCCAUAUCUGACGUUGUACGAAAAUUAUUAGAGAAAGGAGUUAAAAACACAAUGGAGUUUGCUUAUAAGCUUUGGAAUAGUUCUAACGAAAUAAUUACGAAGUGGUUUCCUGUAGCCUUCAAAUUGAUUUUUAAAGGUAGUUUCGUUAAAAUAAUGGGAAAGAAGAACUUUAAAGCAGUCAAAUUAAAUGCUGAUCCAGACAAAACUGCCAUAAAGAAUACAUUUGCGUGGUGCGACAGCAGGGAUAAUACCAGUAGUGCAGUUCGUUGGGAAUUGUAUCCGAUUUGGGAACACGACAAAGUUUUCUUCAAAAUCAAGAGCACAGAGGAAAAAUUAUUUCUUAAGAUAGACGACAACGAAGAAAACGGGAACAGAAAAAUUUGGGGUUCAGAAGAUUCCAAUGAUCUGCAAUACCAGUGGGCGCUGGAACCUUUUAAGAUUGAUGAUGAUUUGCUAUUUCACAUCGUUGACCGUAAAUUUAACUAUAAAUGGAAAGCGGACAUAAGUCCAGAGUCUUAUCUUUAUGGUAGUGCAAAUGACAAGGAAUUGGACGAUUUUAAAUGGUUCAUAGCUCCAUGGCAACAGGAACAAAGCAUUAUUUAAUAAAGUGA